AGUGUUAAUCGAUCUGGCGAUAGAACGAGGUGAUGCGAUCGAGACGAUCAUCAACUCCCGGCAUCGAGUUCUGUCUUGUGCCAUAAAUGUGUGCAAGGUAAUUGAACGUAAUACGGCGAUAGGCGAAGAUGGCGGAUAAUUUCAACAACAAAUUCAUAUCCUUCUCGAAAGAGACAGAGGGAAACAAUGAAGAACAAGCAUCAAGGAUCGCCCCGACCUUAUUGACACGCACGAGUGCAGCUUCCUUGUUUCUAACUCGGUUAAAAAACAGACGCGUCUCCAUGCAAGAAAACUGUGAACUCGAGAGCGGUCGCAUUCGCGAUAGGUAUGAAUCCCCGUCGUCUUUCGAUAGCCCAGCAUUAAUCACAUCUUCCAUGGACGUGGAUUAUUCUCUCAUCAACGAACGCGCCUCCGAAGAGAUCAAUCGCACUUGCCUGCGCAUCAACGAAGACUUUAUCGGCAACAUCCUGACGGAGCACAGGAGGGAUGUAUGCUGCAAAUCACAGCUCUGGGAGAACUUAGAACUAAGCGCGACAAACGAAACGCUAGCCGAGACGAUUCUUCCGACCCCAAACGAGAUCAAUGUUCUGUUGCUGCAAGCGAGUUUCAGAGGUCACACUGAUAUCAUUCGUCAUUUGUGCCAGAACGGCGCCAACGUCAAUUACACCGAGCCUAAUCACGGUCUCACUCCGUUGCACCUAUGCGCAUUUCGAAACUGUCUGGACGGUGUCAGGUAUCUGAUAGAACAGGGCGCGAAGGUCGAUACCAAUAUGAAGCACACGCCGUUUCAUUACGCCGCCUUCGGCGACGCGUUCGACGUUGCCCAAUAUUUGGUGCAGCACGGUAUCAGUCCGGAAUCGCCGGACAAUAUCGGAGAGACGGUGUUACAUGCAGCAGCACGUUCGAACGCUCUACACGUGCUCUCUCUAUUGGCGCCGAACAGCAAGGAGCUGGAUCGCCUGGAUCAGGACGGAUAUGCCGCUAUUCAUCACGCGGCUGACCGGGGCGACCCGACUUGCUUGGAUGUGCUCCUUAAGGCUGGCUGCCAUGUAAACUUGCCUACCGCCAAGAAAAACACCGCUCUGCAUUUGGCCGCGGAAGCUGGCUGCGCGGACAAUCUGAUUCUUCUAAUCGAGGCGAAGGCCGAUCUUGAGCUGAAGAAUAAUCGAGGAUACACUGCUUUGCAUUUGGCCGCUCGCUCACAUUCUUUGGAAUGUGUGGAGAUACUAUUGAAGGAUCGCGCGAAUCCCAACGCGGAGGAUGACGAGGGCCGGACGCCGCUACAAUUGGCUCUGGGGAAAUCUCUGAUGACCGAGGAGAUCACCGAACUCCUGCUGAAGCGAGGAGCGAAUGUGAACAAAGCCGACAAAUACGGUUACACACCGCUGCACAUCGCUGCCUCCAACGAGCUAUCACGAUGCGUUAACAUGCUGAUAAAGUGCGAGGCAGACCUCAGCGCGAGAACUAUCGGCGGUAACAGCGCUCUGUCCGUUGUCCUGAGUAAGACCCGGACUUCCCUAGACGUAUUCGAGCGUAAGCUGGAUGCGUCUCUCACCUUAAACCGGGAGGGAUUUGCAGGCGAACUCGAACUGCAACUGGAUUUUCAUCCACUAUUGCAACAUCGACGAAACCGAUUCAGUCGUUUGCCCGAAAUCGGUUACCUGGAUGCCUUCGUAAAGGAGGGCUACAAGGAGAUUUUGGAACAUCCACUAUGUCAGUCUUUUCUCCAUCUCAAAUGGCACAAAAUCCGAAAAUAUUACGCUGCCCGAUUGUUCUUCUAUCUGCUGUACAUGCUAAUAUUUACGAGCUGGGUGAUAAUCGCUCUGGCUCACAACUGUUACAAAGAAUCUACAUACAAGCCUACAACAAAUAUAUCAGAAUCUAUUAACGAGACUACAACAAAUAUAUCAGAAUCUAUGUACGAGACUAUAACAAAUAUGUCAUUGUGUCAUCAGAAUUCCGCCUAUCAUGCUUUCAAAAGCAAAACGCUACUCCAGUCUAAGUGGUACGUGUUGGCGGUACUCAGCGUAUUGGAGGCCUUCCGCAAAGUGAGCGUCAUUCCCAGUUAUCGAUCCGUCAAACAGUUCUUGCAGAUCGAGAACCUGGUCGAGUGGUUCGUGAUACUCAGCGUGUUCGCUACGUCGUUCAUGAUCAUGGACAAAUUCGGGGAAAAUGGCAAUCUCGAAUGGCUGAAUUAUCUGGGCGCCUUCGCCGUGCUCUGCGGUUGGAGCAAUCUGAUGCUAAUGAUCGGGCAGCUACCGGUGUUCGGCGCAUAUGUCGCCAUGUUUACCAGCGUACAAGCACAGGUAUUCAAGCUGCUCCUGGCCUACGCCUGUCUGUUGGUAGGUUUCACGGCGAGCUUCUGUGUAAUAUUUCCACGUACCAAAUCGUUCGGCAGUCCGCACAUUGGUCUCACCAAAGUCCUCGCGAUGAUGACCGGCGAGUUAAACUUCGAAAAUCUCUUCUUCCCGCAGAAUGAGAGUUACCAUACAUUCGAAAAGUAUGAUAGUUAUCACAAAUUCGAACACUUGACCUUCCUAUUCCAGCUCAUAAUUCAACUCUUUUUUGUAUUGUUCCUUCUGUUCGUGACGAUCGUGCUGAUGAAUUUAUUGAUUGGCAUAGCCGUACACGACAUCAAGGGCCUGCAAAAGACAGCCGGUCUCACGAAACUCGUUCGUCAGACAAAAUUGAUCUACAAUGUGGAGGCGGCAAUUUUGGGAUUUACGCCAUCGAAACGCUUCAAGUUUAUGCGAUGGGCCACGUUGUUCUUACCAUCGCCUUUACGCGUCGUCCUGACUGUUCGUCCGUUAAACCCCAGGGAGAAGAGAUUACCGCGCGACAUUCUCGAGGCCUCUUACAAUAUCGCCAAGGAAGCAGACGGGCAGAAUAGUUUCACUUCGACGCGCAAGAAAAGUUAUUACACAAAAGCGAGUCUCAAACGCGAGUUAAACGCGUGCCGUCGUUGCAUCGGCGAGGACACGCUGAUGCAGGAUUGUAACAAAUUCAGAGAUAAUAUCGCGGAACUGAAGGAAAUUUGCGAAAAAAAUAAUGCCCUCCUUCAAGAGCUUGUAAAAACACAGGAUAUAAUUCGUGCCAGCAUGUACAAAAAUGAGCGAGAUUCGGAAGGAGUAAAAAACAAGACGGGUCUCAAGACGGACACUUUGAAGCUGCCGAUUAUCCUCGAUGAGGGUAGACAACGUCUCUACUCCAGCUUCAAUAAUCGUCGGAAGGACGAUUCGCUCUCCGUGAGAUUGGCUUCCACCUAUAGAUCCUUGAGAUGCGCGUACGCGGCAGAGGAUUGUUCGCGAAAGAUCACGAUCGAUGACAUAAGAUCGGCAUCAGAGUCUGAUAGUAAGCGGAUCGAGAUCGAUGCCGGCGUGCCGCCACCGGCCGACGAGUCUCUCUUCUUCGAUAACCUGGAAUGUUGCAAGAAUCACUAUGUGAAUGGCACGAAACUGAGAUCGGCGAUAUGGUCUAUCGUCGAUCCGACAGAGACUAGGCUAUUACUCAAUAUGGAGAAAAGCCGCGCUCUGCCGGACGCGUGCAAGAGCGAGAGAUUACAGAAUGUCGCUUACGUUUGGGCGUCCUAUCGCGGUUUGCCGCAUCUUCUGCCGGAGCUGGAGAAGGCCGGCACCCAUUACGACUACGUAGAGCCGCGCACCGGCCUCAACGCCAUCCUAGCCGCUUCGCUGGGCAACAGAGUCGACUGCGUGGAAUACCUGAUAGGGAGAGGCGCCGAUGUCAACUACGAGAGUCUCAUCACUCGUUACACGCCGCUUCAUUUCGCGGCGCUGGGCAACAGCUGGCAAGUCGCAGCUACGCUGCUGGACAAUGGCGCCAAGCUCAAUUACAUCUGUCAGGAAGUGGUCGAGCCGGUUUUGCAUAGCGCCGUACGCGCGAAAGCGGUGGAAACAGUGCGACUGCUUCUCGAACGCGGCGCCAGCGUCGUCGAGAAGAAUCACCUAGGUCAGACACCGUUGCACGUGGCCUGCUUUGUGCAGUCGAUACCAUGCGUUGAGCUACUGUCGUCGUCGACGCCAACCGGCGUCAACGCUGUGGACAGAGAGCAUAGGACGCCGUUGCACUUCGCCGUGAUGAGCACCGACUCGUCUGCCGAGUUGGUGCAGCUGCUGCUGAAACGGGGCGCUUUUGUAAACGCGGCUGAUCGGACCGGCUUUACACCACUUCACAUCGCCGCCUUGAACGAACAAUCGCGGUGCGUCGACGCGCUCAUUUGGGCGGGCGCCGAUGUCAGCGCAACCACGUGUACCGGACUGUCUGCUCUGAAUGUUGUGUUGAAAAAGAUUCCCGAGUCACUGCAUGUGUUCCGACAGCGAUUGGACGCUUCGAUCAGACUGACCCGACCGGUAUCGCAUAAUCGUGAGUUUGAGAUGCGACUGCACUUUGACAUUCUCUUUCCUAGCAAUAGUCAGUGCGAAACCAGCUUCAUAAACACUUUCGUGCAGGAGCAUCGGAAGGACCUCCUGUCGCAUCCGUUGGUCAUGGCUUUCCUACACCUCAAAUGGGAAAAGAUACGCAAGCUCUAUCUGCUGCGCAUAUUUCUAUAUGCCAUGACGGUGAUAUGCAUGACCACUUACGUGCUAACCGCUUUAGCAUACAAGUGUUACAAUCACAACGAGGUUACCGACAACUCGAAGAUAUGCGGUAGCAAACGAGCAGUUCAUUUUCUUUUCCGCAGACCGUUCAUCGAGAUUCAAUGGUAUCUCGCGCUAGUGCUGACGUGCAUCACUAUACCGAGGAAGAUAUUCGGCUUCAUGGUUUACAAAUCGGCCUUACAAUACUUUUCCAAUAUCGAUAAUGUCCUGGACGGCGUGGUGAUUAUAAGCGUGUUUGUCACGUCCUUUGUUUAUACCGGGCGCACCUACGAUUGGCAGAAUUACGUCGGUGCAUUUGCCAUACUCUGCGCCUGGACUAAUCUGAUGCUGAUGGUAGGCCAACUACCAGCCUUCGGCACCUACGUCGCCAUGUUCACGCAUAUCCAGUUCGAGUUCGCCAAAUUGUUGCUGGCGUAUUCUGGGCUGCUGAUAGGCUUCACCAUCAGUUUCUGCGUGAUAUUCGCGGGCGAACCUGCCUUUGAUAACCCCUUCACCGGACUGAUCAAAGUCCUGGCCAUGAUGGCCGGCGAACUAGACUUUGAGGGGCUCAUCAAUCCAGCGGAUGGUGAAUCGACGGCAAACGACUCCUUCGUCAUUUAUCACCCUUUAUCGGUGUGCUCGCAGAUCCUCUUUACACUGUUCAUAGUAUUCGUCACGGUGAUUCUGAUGAAUCUAUUGGUCGGUAUCGCUGUGCACGAUAUACAGGGUCUGAGGAAUCACGCCGGACUCACAAAACUGGUGAGGCAGACAAAGAUGAUACUUUUCACAGAGAUGGUCUUGCAUAACACAACAAUUCCAUAUGCUUUCCGCAAGUGGCUGUCGGAUCAUAAAAUCGAUAUUGAAAAUAGGAAACGCGUGCUCGUGGUGAAACCGCUUAAUCCACUCGAGAAGCGAUUGCCCAAAGAUAUAAUGAAAGCCGCAUACGAGAUAGCGCAAAAGAAUAUCAUCUCCGCGAACGACGACGUCAAUCUAAACGAUCAUGCUGCCUGGUUGAAGCAGAACGAGGAGGUCUCCGAUGCCGUCUUACAAACGACGAUUGAGAAACUGAUGGCUACAAUGAAAGUAAACGAAGAUGCUAUAAAAUUGUUGAGAGUGCAGUUAUUAGAGAUGAACAAAAUGCUGGAAACUGUUGUAACAACGUUAGCAAAAGAUAAAUACACCUCGUUGUAAAUCGGACGAUUCGAUAUCGAUUAUAUUUCCAUUACUUUUUACGAACAUGACUGAUAAAGUGGACAUCGAGGCCACAGUUAAUAAUGGAGGACCUACUGGUCAGUGUGGCGUUGUGCGUUGGGGUAUCGCAUGGGGUUUACGCAG